AAAAGACAUACAGUUCUAAAUUACUAUCUCAAACAGAGAAGUUAAUACUCAAAGAAAAAUCAUAGUUAAAGUCUAAUAUAAAAAUAUUGUAGUUAUAACCUCCAAUUUCACCUUUUACUUUACUCAGGAUGAGCAAAUAAUAGAAUCGUGUUAAGUGAUUAUUAUGGUUAUUCAAUAAAGUAAAAUAUAGCUAAUGUUGUACAAAUUUUUCUGUAACUUAUUCUACAUCGUGUUAAAAUUUUUUUUUUACUACGAUAUAAUUCGCUGUUAGUGACUAACAUACAGGAAGAAUAAAUACAAUUUCAUUGAUUGAACGAGAAAUCGUGAAAGAUUUAAAAAAGGCCUAUAUGUCAAAAGUAAAAAAAAGAAAAAGAACGAGCGAGCUCGAAGGCUUUCAGCGUAGUUUUUUUCUUAUUAUAAGGAAAUUUAUUUUAUUUUUGUCGUUUUUUCCAAGUUGUCUAAUAUUUACAGAAUAUAUAUAUAUAUGUGUGUUGAGUGUGUAGCGGUAGUAGCAGUCAAUUUGGCAAUCGUAACAGUCACUCAACCAACGAUAACUUCGCUUUAAAAUGGAAAACUUUCCACUAUUUUCAUUAUAUCUAAUAUUAUGCUUUUUCUAUGUACGAGCUGAAGUAAAAUCGGAUUGUUUGUCGUUCGAUCCACCAGAUUUGGUAGAGAGGCUUACGAGAUUUAGGACUGAAAAUGAUUUAGAAGUAGCUGAAUUUAGUGAAGAAAUUGAUAAAAUAGUAUUUGAGAAGAAAAUUCUUAAAGAUUCAAGAGCGAAUGCAACUUGUCCUAAUUCUUUACAAGAACAUAUGCAAGAACUGAAUAAUAUCUCAAAAAUGCAGAAAGUAGAUUUACGAGUGUCUACAUGUCCUAUUUUUAACGUUGUCAGUUAUCAUGAAAAGCGCUUUCCGAGAUCGAUUACCGAAGUGCGGUGUCGUUGUUCCUCUCCCAAAACUCCUGGCUGCCUUAGAGAAAAUAGUCGAACCGAUUCAGAUUAUGAGUGCGGUCCUAUAGCAGUUAGAGUACUUGUUUUGGUAAAGAAUGGUGAAUGCGAAAAUAACUUUGCAAAAUAUGUUCCUUAUUGGGAUGAGCAAGUCGUUGGAUGUGGUUGUCAAGCUUCUAAAUGGCACGAAAAGGAAGUAGAACAUUCUACUGUUGAAUCUUUUACAUUAACUCCUCUAAACAACGAGACGACAACAAGAAAAUUUACAAACGAAAGUCAUAAUACAACGAUAAAUACAACAAAUUCGUCAACAACUGAACAAUAUACGGAAACAAAUUUACUUCAAAUAAAUACAACAACCACAAAAUCCGUAUUACAGAAUGAAACAGUAAAUUCAGUUAGUUAAGUAACUACAAUGCCAAAUAAAAGUAAAGAUAUCAAUUUAUCAAGACCAUCAUCGGUGAGGAAGAAUAUUAAAAUAUAAAAUUUCAAACUAUUAUAAUAAAUAUAUUUAUAUUAAAGGUUUAAAAAUAUAAAUAAACAUAUUUG